AGAAGAGAAGGUCGCCUUCAUCAUCGUCUCGUCGGAGAAACCGAAGGGGCGAAGGAGGGAGAGAUCUCGCCGUCCCCUCGCUUCAAGCCCUAACCCCGCCGCGUCUCCUCCCCCCCCUCGAUCGGCCGCCGAGCUUCGGUCGAUUCGGGCGUGCCGCGGGACCGCGAAUCUCUCUGUUGCGGAGGAUCGCCCCCGGUCGCGGGAUCGAAUGGCUCGUCCGUCGGCCGGCGGCUCGGGCAAUCGCCGGCGGGUGGAGCUGAUGAUCUCCACUCUCCUGCUGUGCCUUGUGGUCAGGUCGUUUGGAUCCCCCGUUGGGAAUCGUAAAGGCGGGAGGUCUUCGGUGUUUUCGCUGUUUAACCUCAAGGAGCAAAGUAGGUUCUGGAGUGAAUCUGUUAUACGCCGCGGUGAUCUUGCGGAUUUGACCAGCCCUGGCAAAAUGGCUCUUCUCAACUAUACCAGGGCAGGCAAUAUUGCGAGCUACCUCAAGCUUCUGGAAGUUGAUUCUAUUUACCUUCCUGUCCCAGUCAAUUUCAUAUUUAUAGGAUUUGAUGGGAAAGGGAAUGAAGAAUUCAAGCUUCAUCCUGAAGAACUCGAGCGCUGGUUCACUAAAAUCGAUCAUAUAUAUGAGCAUACACGAGUUCCUCAGCUCGGAGAAGUUCUUGCUCCAUUUUACAAGACAACUGUUGAUAAAGAGCAACGGCAUCACCUUCCUAUCAUCAGUCAUGUAAACUACAAUUUUUCAGUUCAUGCCAUCCAAAUGGGUGAGAAGGUAUCUUCUGUUUUUGAGCGCGCCAUAAACGUGCUAGCGCGCAAGGAUGAUGUCUCUGAACCCAGGGAAACCGAACAUCCUCUUUGGCAAGUAGAUGUUGACAUGUUUGAGGCUCUUUUCACUAGCCUUGCUAAAUAUCUUGAACUUGAAAAUGCAUACAACGUUUUUGUCUUGAAUCCCAAACACGACAAGAAAAUAGCUAAAUAUGGCUACAGGAGAGGUUUAUCCAAGUCAGAAAUUGAUUUUCUUAAGGAGAACAAGAGCCUACAAGCGAAAGUUCUUCAGACUGGAGGCAUUCCUGAAAGCUAUCUUGUUCUUGACAAGAUAAAGAGGCCUCUGUAUGAAAAGCAUCCAAUGGCAAAAUUUGCUUGGACAGUGACCGAAGACACUGACACGGCUGAAUGGUAUAACAUUUGUCAAGAUGCACUCGAUAAUGUCGAGAAGCGGUAUCAAGUGAAGGACAUUGCAGACAUGAUUGAGAGCAAAGUUCUGCAGUUAUUGAAAGGAAAGAAUCAGGAGCUUGUACUUGACAAGGAAUUAAAAUCUGGAGAUCUCAGUGGUCUUCAUCCUGAAUGUCUUACAGAUGCAUGGAUUGGAAAGGACAGGUGGGCAUUCAUUGAUUUAAGUGCAGGCCCUUUCUCAUGGGGCCCUGCUGUUGGUGGAGAAGGUGUGCGUACAGAAUAUACUCUACCAAAUGUGACAAGAACAAUUGGUGCUGUUGCAGAAAUCUCAGAAGAAGAAGCUGAAGAUCGUUUGCAAGAUGCAAUUCAGGAAAAGUUUGCCGUCUUUGGGGAUAAGGACCAUCAGGCCAUUGAUAUUCUUCUAGCAGAGAUCGACAUAUAUGAGCUUUUUGCAUUCAAACAUUGUCAGGGAAGAAAAGUUAAGCUUGCCCUUUGUGAAGAACUUGACCAGAGAAUGGAGGAUUUAAAAAGUGAACUCCAAGAAUUUGAAGGGGAAGACAAAGAUGAAAGUCAUCGGAGAAAGGCCAUUGAAGCGUUGAAACGAAUGGAAAGCUGGAAUUUGUUCAGUGAUACUCAUGAGGACUUUCAAAACUACACAGUUGCUCGCGAUACUUUUCUGGCUCAUUUAGGGGCGACCUUGUGGGGAUCGAUGAGACACAUCAUAUCACCUUCCAUGGCUGAUGGAGCAUUCCAUUACUAUGAAAAGAUAUCCUUUCAGCUUUUCUUCAUAACCCAGGAGAAGGUUAGACACGUUAAGAAGUUACCGGUUGAUCUGACAGCUCUCAUGGACGGACUGUCCUCUUUACUUUUACCCUCUCAGAAACCUAUGUUCAGUCAGCACAUGUUACCACUUUCUGAGGAUCCUGCUUUAGCAAUGGCUUUUUCCGUGGCUCGCAGAGCAGCAGCGGUCCCAUAUUUACUCGUUAAUGGGACAUACAGGAAAUCUGUUCGGUCCUAUCUUGAUUCCUCAAUUUUGCAGUAUCAGUUACAGAGGCUACAUGAUCAAGGUUCCCUUAAAGGGAUGCACGCCCACAGCAGGUCAACCCUGGAAGUUCCAAUAUUUUGGUUUAUUCAUAGCGAUCCUUUGUUGGUUGACAAGCAUUAUCAGGCAAAAGCUCUUUCUGAUAUGAUUAUAGUAGUACAAUCAGACUCACCAUCGUGGGAGAGCAAUCUGCAAUGCAAUGGGGAGUCGUUGUUGUGGGAUUUGAGGAGGCCAGUGAAAGCUGCCUUAUCAGCUGCUGCAGAACAUCUUGCUGGUUUGCUUCCUCUUCAUUUGGUUUACAGUCAGGUCCAUGAAACUGCAGUUGAGGAUUGGGUUUGGUCGGUGGGAUGUAAUCCCUUUUCUGUGACUUCUCAAGGUUGGCACAUUUCAAGGUUUCAUUCUGAUAGCUUUGCUCGGAGCUAUAUCAUUACAGCACUCGAGGAAUCAAUACAGCUCGUCAACUCAGCCAUCCACCUUUUAGUUGUUGAGCGGACCACUGAAAAGACGUAUAAAAUAUUUCAGUCACAGGAGCGCGAGCUAGUGAAUAAAUACAAUACCCUGGUUGGGCUUUGGAAAAGGAUCUCAACAAGUAUUGGAGAAUUGCGCUAUACAGAUGCUUUGAGAUUUCUGAAUACGCUGGAGGAUGCAUCUAAAGGGUUUGCUCAUCAAGUGAAUUCAACCAUUGCGCUGCUUCAUCCCGUCCAGUGCAUGCGAGAAAGGAAAUUGCAUGUCAUCUUCGAUAUGAGUACGGUCCCAGCUUUUCUCGUUGUCGCAGGAGUUCUCCUCAUUUUGUUAAAGCCAAAAAGACCAAAGCCGAAAAUCAAUUGAGGGCGCCACCGAACGGACUCUCUGGACGGUCCUAGGUGGUGCAUACUCUCUGGCAACUGCUAACUGCAAAAUUCGAAUUGCUAAGUCAAGAGGGAAGUUACGUCUGCAAGUCGAGGCCAGUUUUUCCGUGGCAAGUACAGCCUUUGCGUGCGCCAGCCGUCUGGUCGAGUUUUUGUGAACCGCCAUUCAUCAUAAAGUUGAAAAUCGAUUGUGAGCAUAGAGUUGUCAACAGGAAAACCGACUGAUUUAGCACUUAAAUUGUAGGGUUAAGAGAGGAGGACACCAUCUGCAUUUUUUUAGAAUUUUAAGUUUUGACUGUAAUUUGUAUGACAAUUUUGUUAUUGCAAGGGUAAACUCUGAUGUUGGUCCUCUAA